CAAAAUAAUGAAAUGUUAUUAAAAAGAAAAAAGUAAUGGAAUGAUAUAAAGUAGUGAAUCAAAAUUAGUUUGAAAAAAAGAACGGAAAAUCUAUGGUUUAGGGAACACGAAUCGUCGGUUGAUAACCAAUUUUAGGAUCAGUAGUUCUUCUCUGAACUUAUAUUUUUCCAUUUUGACCGAAAAAUAGCUUCUGUUUAUCUAAUUUGUUUCUUUUGUUACUAAUAAGCGGAAUUUCAUCACUAUGGCGAGUGGAUUUCCAUCCUUUCAGUUCGCCAAUAAAAUAAAAAAAACUAGAUUCAUACUGAUUUACCUGUAUGGUUUUGGUUUUGUGUUAAAUAGAUCUGUAAUCUCUUCAUGUUCAUCCAUCUCCAGACGACGAGCUUUGGUUCCAUUUUUCAAGCUCGAUUCAAAGUUCAGAAACAAUGGCGGAGCCUACGGGACGGCUGAAAGUGGUCAUAAUUCAAGGGAAGAGUCUAGUGAUUCGAGAUUUCAGGAGUAGCGAUCCGUACGUCGUCGUCAAAUUGGGGAAGCAGAAAGCGAAAACAAAAGUCAUCAGAAGUUGCCUGAAUCCCGUAUGGAACGAAGAACUCAGUUUCACGCUCGGCUCCGAUGCUCCUGGAUUCAUAAACUUCGAAGUGUUCGACAAAGAUCUCUUCAAGCCUGACGACAAGAUGGGACGCGCAUACAUCAACCUUCAGCAUGUUCAAUUUGCUACUCGGCUGAGCAAGAUUCUGCAAAUGUCCGCCGGCGAGCUGAGGAAGGUGGUUCCCGGCGCCGACGAUUGCUUCGCGAAGGAGUGUACGAUACGGUGCAUCGACGGCGAGGUGGUGCAAGAUGUUUGGCUGCGGCUCUGUGGAGUGAAGUCCGGAGAGAUUCAAGUGAGACUGAAAUACUUUGAAGAAUGAAUAGAUCAAAUUCAGAAAAAAAAAAAGUUAGGGCUGCAAAAAUUUGUAAAGGGGAAAUUUGAGAGGGUAU